AAUAUUAAAUUAAUAUGUAGGGUUUGAAACACUUACUAACAGAAUGCAACACCUUUAGACCAUUGAGAGCUAAAGCAUGGCUAUAAAUGGGGCCUGAUCUCCUCGGUUUUCAGUCUGGACCAGAAGCUCAUCAUGACUAACGGUGUGAACGGAGGACUCCGCGGUCUGUUGGCAGAAUCAAGUGGCGUUCCAAGAAGGAGAUACAAAAGAUACACUACGGGAACUUACAUCGGACUUAUUGCAUACGCAAUUCAAGAUUCACCAGACAAGAUGCUCACGUUCAAACAGAUAAUGAAAAAGCUGGAACCAUUUGUCUUCGGAGACAAAAAGGGCAUUGAGAACAACAUCAGAGUCUGUCUAUCAUCAAACAGGUGUUUUGCAAAGGUGCCAGUCGAUCCGGAUUAUCCAAAUCCUAAAAAGAAUUUCUGGAAAGUGGAUGAAAAUGGCAUUACUCCAAAAAUGUUUCGCCGACAUUUCAAACAUCUAAUCAACAUAUUCCCUGGCCUGUCGAUUCCGACACAACCGGUGGAUGAGUGUGAAGACAAUUCUUAUGCCCCUGAGCCUCUUACUCCAGCCUGCGAGGUCACAGAAAACAAAAGUGAAGGCAAAUUUACAGGCCCUUUUUCCAUAGAUUCGUUAUUGAAGAGCGACCGCGAAGUGAAGCGCAUGCGCAGCACGCGUUUGGAGGAACAUGCACACUACAUAGACGCACAGCGUGGAACGACCAAGAGAAAAAACGUUUAUGAAUAUGAAGCUACUGUUUCAGCAGUAGGAUGUGAACUGGCCUCAGCGAAAAGACCUCGUCUAUCUUCAGGACCUCAGUUCGGACCGUCUCUGCCUCCACAUAUCACAUAUAAUCACCAUGUUCUCUUUAGCUCUCCUUUAAUGUAUGAUACUAGAUAUGUCAGCUGGUGAACAGCCAGAAUGACCACAUAUAAAUAGGAAGAAAUUGCACUUUGUUUUUGUUAUUUUUU